AUGCUUCUCCGAGCCGCUACUGCUUCGUCACUCUCCCUAUUCAACCCCAACGCUGAACCCUCGCGUUCGGUUGCCGUUCGGGGGAACAACGCGAGCCGGUUGGUGGUUCGCGCCGCGAAAGGAUCUACGAACCACCGCAUCCUAACCGGCGUGAUUUUUGAACCGUUCGAGGAGGUGAAGAAAGAGCUCGAUCUCGUUCCCACCGUUCCUCAAGCUUCUCUCGCACGCCAAAAAUACGUUGACGAAUCUGAAGCCGCCGUUAACGAACAAAUCAAUGUGGAGUAUAAUGUUUCGUAUGUGUAUCAUGCUAUGUUUGCGUACUUCGAUAGGGAUAACAUUGCGCUGAGAGGUCUUGCUAAAUUUUUUAAAGAAUCGAGCGAAGAAGAACGGGAGCAUGCUGAGAAAUUGAUGGAGUAUCAGAACAAGCGUGGUGGAAAAGUGAAGUUGCAGUCAAUUGUGAUGCCGCUUUCUGAGUUUGACCAUGCAGAUAAGGGAGAUGCACUGCACGCAAUGGAACUCGCUCUGUCGUUAGAGAAGCUAACGAACGAAAAGCUCCUUCACUUGCACAGUGUUGCCACGAAGAACGGUGACGUGCAGUUGGCAGACUUCGUGGAAAGCGAGUUUCUGGGCGAACAGGUGGAAGCCAUCAAAAGAAUAUCCGAGUAUGUUGCUCAGCUCAGAAGAGUUGGCAAAGGACAUGGUGUGUGGCACUUUGAUCAGAUGCUGCUCCACGAGGGAGGAGAGGCAGCGUGA